AUGCUCUGCAGGUCUUUUCGUGUUUCUUUCGGCCUAGUCAUUGCUCUGGCCGUGGCAAUACUAUGUAACAUUUACUUGGUUUUCCUUCUGUGGACGGGUGGAGGACCGCAAAGCGAUUAUCAUUAUGAAUUUACUGUUCCUCCCAUUAUCUCUCAGGAGGCUCCAAUAAAGAUAAAAGAUUCUGGCUUGAAUCUCAAUUAUUUAAAAAAUAUGCUCAACUCAAGUACAAAUAAUGUUGAUAAAACUAGCAGCAGUAGGUCUGUGAUAAGUAUGAUGAAUAAACUCAAAAGAGAGUUGAAAUCAAGAGGAGCCAAGACAGUAGAUACACUCGGCAGCUCUUCCAAGUGGGUUUCACCAAUAAUGCUGAUACCUUCCUUUACCCCAGAAUUGGGAGACAUGAUCAAGUAUUUACAAACUUCUCCCAUCACAAGAGCAUCUGUUCCACGAGUGGGAACACAACUCAAAGUCAUGAUUACCCUUGAGGGAGGCCAGAAAGCACUACUCAAACCUCAGUGGUAUGAUCGUCAUCACCGAAUAGAUGGGCCUGAUGUAUACUCUGGAGCUGACAGACACAACGGGGAGAUUGUCGGCUUUUAUCUAAGUCUGUUACUAGGAAUGAGAAGAACUCCAGUUGCAAUAGGAAGGAUGAUCAACUUGACAUCAGAAAUUUUAGCCAACGCUGAUAGAGACCUCGCUGCAACCUUCUUUAAAAACAAUCAAAGCCACAGUUGUUUUUAUGGCGUUUGUAGAUAUUGCAAGCCGGAAUUGAGCGUCUGUGGCGGUGAAGGUGAUCUAGGUGAUCUCAUAGAGUCCACUGUCAUACUUUGGCUGAACGAUGUCAAGUUGAAAUCCAACCGUAGUCCUUGGCAACGAACUUACAAGAAGAACGUCCGAGCUCUGUGGGAAACUGACGACGACUUUUGCAUGAAAUUGCAGAAGCAAAACAAAGUUUUCCGCCUCGAAGCAGGCAAACGCCGGUUAUUGGAUUUAAUCGAUGCUUCGGUAUUUGAUUUUCUCAUCAGUAAUGGCGAUCGCCAUCAUUACGAAAUAAUUGAUGGCUACUCCGAAGCGGCAGUCCUUUUGUUAGACAACGGCAAAAGCUUUGGUCGACCCGAUUUAGAUUACGUCGACAUACUGGCUCCACUUUACCAAUGUUGUGUGAUAAGGAAAUCAACGUACAAAAGACUGGAGAUGCUGGAAAGUGGUCCUUUAGGCACUUUAAUCGAGGAAUUGACGCUCAAGGACUCUUUGAUCGGACCUCUGCUCACGGAUGAGCACGUACAAGCGAUAAAUCGUCGAUUGGGAAAAGUCAUGCGAACUAUCCAACUCUGUGCCCAAGUGAAAUCAUGGGACGAUGUCCUUGUACCUUAUUAAAAUUCCCUUUCGUAUAAAAAUAUCUGUCAUGCCCGUAUAAUCAUUUCGCUCUAGUCACAUAUACUUUUUCCAAUGCUCUUGCGCAGAGUUCCCGGAGAGUGUGUGUCAAUUAGCAGUGCAAUUUAUAUAACACACUCCUCUCUAUAUUUGGGUUGGGCUUUUUUCCCGAAUAAAAAUCCAUCUAUCAAUCCUUUUUGUAAUAAAACUAAAAUAGCUUCUACACA